CGGCUUCUCUAUCGGCAGUCUCGGCAGUUCUCCAUCCGAAUGCACCUUUCUCUGGUUGCCGUGCGCGGAGUCGUUUUCUGUUCCGUUUCGUGCUGCUCCCUCUCAACACUGCGUGCCCUUUAUUUCAACCAUCAAUGUCAGUUACCGUCUCGACAAACUCGUAAUUUCGUGAAUUUUUCGUGCCGUUCCGCCAGAGAGAGAGAGUGCAACAUCGACCGCAAGUCCGAAUUAAAUGCGUCCAAGUAUAUUCGAAUCUUGAGUUCGCGCACGUUCGCCUCCGAAACGCGUUUACAUUAGCAAUGUCGUAACUUUUGUGCAGCGCUCUGUGAAGUAUGUGAAUCGUUUCCCCCUCGUACCUUCGUAGCUACCAUGUAGCCUUUCGCUAAUAUCAUUCGAAUUAAUCAUAUCAUUCGACCUAAACAUAUCCUUCGUGAAAUCACACGCCUUAUUUUUGUUUUGUUGAAACCUCCAUUACUUAGUGCAUAACCUCUUCCAGUGCAAGUGUUUCGUCUUCGAUUCUAUGUGAAACCCCAUCUUCUGCGGAUUACUUACGUUAUCAAUAUCUGUUCUUCUGUGAUCUUCGGCAACGUUACUUCAUAUCAAUAUUAAGUUUUCUCUUGUCUCCAAAUUGUUUUUAAAAUGGAGUGUGUGUCGUGUGCCUAGCCUCAAGUCAAUGGUGUGACAUCCAGGAUUUCGCCAGGUCACAUCUUUCAACAACAGUAACCCAUACUCAGUCUUGAGUUAUUUUUUUACGUAAUUGGCUGCCAAAUGCAAAUUCUCAUGUUUGAUGUUCAUGUUCCGCCGAAAACGAACGAGCCUAGCUAAGCGCUUGUGGAGGGCUAGAAUCCGAACGACGGAGCAUGAAUUCAUCAAAGACAACAUGGGUUGUUGUGCUUUCAUUGACGAGCUCAACUUCUGUUCCGAUGAAGGCUUGUUACGGAACAGCCUCAUCAAACGGCUGAAGGAUAAUCAGCUCGAAAUCCUUGUAAACGCUGUGGAAACACGGGGUGCUAACACAUCCUGUGUUCUGUAUCCGCGGGAAUAUGUAGACAAUCCUCAUUUGAUGACCUGUCAGAUUUGGAGGUGGCCUGAUAUCAACCAUGUGGAUGAAAUUAAGCGGCUUCCUUGCUGCGAGUCAGCCAAGGAUCUUGUCUACGAAUGUAUCAACCCGUACCAUUUCUCAAGGCUGUGCUACCCUGAAUCCCCUCCACCUCCUUACUGUCGUUUUAGUGCGGAACGGCUUAAACCGGAAGACCGUGCCCCAAGCGAAAAGGAGGUCAGGGGAGGGCAAUUAGAAUUAAGGGCGUCUCUCACAACUAGUGGAGAAGGCGCAAGUUGCGGUGCGGAAUGGUGCAAGCUGGCCUACUGGGAGCUGUCGCAGAGGAUAGGGCGACUGUACCCGGUCGACACGCGAGUAGUCAACGUUUUCUGGGACCAGCCACACGGCGACGGGCUCAGCCUGGCCGCCCUGGCUCAGCACAGCUUCAGCCCGCCCCCACCCGAUGCCGUCCGCCGAAAUAGGAAUAAAAUUGGCGCAGGUAUGACGCUAAGCUUGGAGGACGACGGAGUGUGGGUGUACAACCGGAGCGAGUGGCCGAUCUUCGUGCACUCGCCGUCGCUGGAGGACCCGGACUCGAGGUCGCUCCUCGUCCACCGGGUGUCGUCGGGCUCCUGCCUCAACAUCUUCGUGCCGGGCCUCUCGCUCGGUCUCUCGGCGCCCUACUACUGCGACGGCACUCACCCCCACCCUCGCCCACCCACCGGCCCCGUAGAUCGGAACACAGUGCGCAUCUCCUUCGCCAAAGGCUGGGGACCCAAAUACUCCAGGCAAGAGGUCACGUCUUGUCCGACGUGGCUCGAGGUCCUCCUGGCCCCCUGCAGAUAGCGCCCCUUCCGCCCUCGAACCUGAGACCGACUGCCAAAGCCCGCCAAUCCCCGCUCACCCCAAGCUCCCACUGCUCAAGGGACGCUUUCCUGAAGCUCUGACAUCGGGAGGAGCGCUUCCCUCAAGCUGCGACAUCUGAAGAGAUGCUUCCUCGAAACUCGGACAUCUGGAGAGACGCUUCCCUGGAGGUCCAACAUCUGAAGGGAUGCUUCCUUGAAACUCGGACAUCUGGAGAAACGCUUCCCUGGAGGUCUAACAUCUGAAGGGAUGCUUCCCUUAAGCUCUGACAUUUGGAGAGACGCUUCCCUGAGGGUCUAACAUCUGAAGGGAGGCUUCCCUCAAGCUCUGACAUCGGAAGGAGAGCUCCCCUCAAGCUGUAUCAUCUGAAGGGAUGAUUCCUCGGAGGUCUGACAUCUGGAGAGGAGCUUCCCCCAAGUUUUUACAUCGGAAGGAGCGCCUUCCUCAAGCUGCAACAUCUGAAGGACGCUUCUUGAGGCUCUUGCUGAGGAAGGAAACAGGCUACUGAAUGAAGAACGUAUUGAGCGUGUCAAAGCGCUGUCCGAAAGUGUUUCGUCUGUAGCCUAUGUCUUUUCAAAUGGUCCUUCAAGUAUGAGGGUUUUAGUAUUCCAUCCGUAGAGUGAAAACUUAGGGUGGUGGCCAGUUGAGAUUUAGCGAAAAUUUUCUGAGUCAUUUGAUUCAGUCACGACUCGAGCAUGGUUUAAAAUUUUGAUCGGAAAAGUUGUUAAAUUGGACCCUUCAAAAUGUCUGUUUUAUCUAAAUUGUCCAAGGAAAUGGAUUGAAUGUUAUUCUGGGACGUUUUCAUAAAAUAUCCCGCUGGGGAAGGAGAAAGAUUGGCAACAAUUCUAAAAAGUAAUUUACAUCACUAAGGACAGAUAGAUUUGAACUCCUAUUUUAAACCCAAUUUUCAUCAGUUUUUCUCUGAAUGAGCAAAAUGUAACUAAAAGCAACGUUGCAAAUGGAGAAAUUCAUUUUAUAACUUUCACCUCCUAUUAAUAAUUUUCAAGAAAACAGUAUAUGAUACAGAAGAGUGUCAGUUCGUUACCAUCAAAUACAGCACUUCACGGUGAAAAAUCGAUUUCAAGCUCGCAUGGUACAACGUUUUCGACAAUUUUUUAGCUAAUUUCUAGUCCUGUUGCUUGAUGUCAGUGGGAACAAAUCUCUGACUAGCCACCACCUUGUAUUUUGCUGUAAGUGACGUGUCUCGUCUGCACCUCAUGCCUCAUCUAGUGAUGCUACUAGUGUUCAGGUUUUUGUAUUUCACAUCCAGUCAAGUUGUCCAAGCAGUCAGGAAUAAAGUUUUUUAGAAUGCCUAGUCGCUCGCAACUGAUGGUAUUAUUAGGAGUUGUUUUUUUAAGCCAGCUUGUUUACUGUUGUUACCUAUUUUCUUAAUUUUAUUACUUUCCCUUUUCUCACAAUUCAACCUCCAUGCUUUGAAUUGUUCUGUUUGCUUUGAUCAGUUGUAAAAGUUUGGCACUACUCACGCAGUCACUUAGAAAGCUACAUUGUAGCCUCAUUGCCGUCCAUUAAUCAUGUGAAUCCUCACCCCCACGGCCGGACCAAUCUUAGUAUCAAACUCUCUGCUCUCGAGUAAAGUUGAUUUUUUUAGAUUCUUUUCUUUUAAUGAAUCAUUCCUCUCAUCCAUACAGAUGCAAUCCGGAUGUUCCGAAAGUUUUGCUGCAUCAGUCAAACCAUCUGAACUACUGCUUUGUGCUCUUUUUAAAAUCAAUUCUUGAAAGAACAUUUCAACCUAGUUUCUCUUUUGCAUUUUCUGUGUUCCGGCAUCCUCCUUUCAAUUUUUGCUCUUUUAUCUAAUCUUUUGAAGUAAAACAUCUAUGUAAUUAUGUGCAAAAAGGAGCUAUGUCUCGUAAAUGACUUUACGAAUCAAAAUUAUUCAUAAAUUAACUAUUAAGCAGCAUCAAGAUUAAUCGCUAAAUUAUCGAGUAGUAUUUCUGAGCGUCAUAUCUUAAAAACUUGGAAAUAAUUUUAAUCUUCAGAAAACUGUGAAUCAUCAACGAAAUUUAUUUUUAGGUAUGAGGAUUUCUGUUUUUCUCUUUUUAAAUCAAAAAUAAGCAAGUUAGGAUCAAAUGAUUUAUUCACAUCCUGAUCAAUCUCAAUUACUCUGAAAUAUUAUUUUGUUUUCAAAGUUCACAGCAGAUCAAAUCAUCAAUAAUAGUAAUUUAGACAGCUUUGGACUCGAGUACCAAUAUUUGAACCCUUAAUAUGUCUUUGCGUUAUCUUUUGUUGUAAAUUAUAUGGAAGGAUUGGAGCUUUACCCAGGACCUAGGAAUAUUGGGUUUUCUCCUAUCAAAUAAUGCUUUCAUUAUAUGGAAUACUGGUCACCUAGUUCCAUACAUUUCUUAGACAGCUGUUUUCUUAGCAAAAGUUUCUUCACCUCACUAUAUUGUGGUAACUUAGCCAUAAUAUCAUCAAAGGUGAUAAAAAUAUUGCCGCAAUGUUAUACAUACCCAUGGAAAGUUAUGGUUUUUUUUUUAUCUUUUGAUGAAUCAUCUAAUUUCAUUUUUCAGUUGGCAAUAUCUUCUUUCAAAUAUACCGUUGGGUCUUGUCCAUAUAAUUUUUUUCUUAACAGUUGGUGUUUUUUUUUUCUUUCUUUCUUUUCUUCUCUUUCCUCUUCAGUUCUGUUAAUAUUUCAAACCAUACACCAUCUUCACACCAUAAUUUGACCCCUUACUUUGCAUUAACAAAAGAAAUCGAACAUUGUUUGUGAUUGUCCUCUGUUCCUGCAGCUCAGGUGCAUGUAAAUGUCUGAAAGGCAAUAAAUUUGUGCCUUGAAUUUGUAAUGUGCAUUUAUAAUGUCACAAGCGUCAUUUCCCUACGUAAAUGCUCUUUUUGUGCUAAGCCCUCUCUUUGUCAAGAUUCUGUUAACUUUCAUGAAAUUUGUGGACAACAGUAAACUGUGUUAGCUUUUUUCUACCCGGAAGGAUUCUUAUAAAAUGCUUUGUAAUUUUUAAUUCUCAUUUUUUUUGAGGGUCUGAGAAUUUUCUAGGAUAGCCUUAAGUCUCCCUGUUUUUGAGUAUUAAAGCUACCAAACAGAUUUCACAGUUUUAAUUCCCCUUUUUUUUCUCACCAACUGUGUUGCGUUACAAAUAAUAUUUGAAGGCAGUUAUUCAGUACAGUAUCAAGUUACACUAAUUUAGGUCAGUUCAAGUGCAAUUUCCAAGUCCCACACAAGAUUUUGUUGAUAUCUCCAGUGUUAAAUUGAGCUUGGAGACUAAUGUGUAUGUAUGUAUCUGCACCAAUUUUGACUUUUGUACAUACUGAAUAAGAGCAUUGCAUUGUAAAAAGAGAGUAGAUUAAUUUUUACAUGCCAUUUUUCUAUUCAUUUUUUUCCUUUGUUUUUUUUUUAAAACAUUUUUUUUUCAUUUAUUUUAUAUUGUACUAACGCUGAGAAUUGUGGAUUAAGUUAGGAAUCAAGGGUUGGCCUUAGAAGAUGCGAUAAUUGAUAAUAGAUAAUAUGAAAAUUGAUAAAAUUGGUUCUUUAAGAAAAGAUUCUGUCCCUGGAGAGCGUUCAAAUAGGUAUCGAUAAACUUUCAGUGCGCCAUUUCUCAUCCUAGUAAACCUUUUUUAUCAUUAAAUGGGAGAAAUCAAUGAAUUGUCACCCCCUUUUUUUACCUUCCUUUUUGUGGGCCUUGUAUUAGUACUUGUUUCAGUCUUGCAGAUGUUUGAUACGUCUAGUAUCGAACUCAGUUGCUAAGAAGUAUUUUUUUAAGGGAAUUCCUCUAAAAGUUGUUCUUGAUGGGCCACAUGAAGUUUUGUUUGAAAUUACAUUCAACAUCCCUCACCCUCUGAUAUGCUGUUCAAUACUUUGUGAAUAAAUAAAGUAACCAGAGAGAUGGCCUGCAAUUAAAUUUAGAGUUUCUACUUUCUGCACGAAACAUUCUUGUAAGUCUUAGCCGUUGAUUCCUGCUCACCACAACUCUCGCAAUAACUUAAAUUGUUUCUUCUAGUCAACAAAUGAGAAUUGUCUCCAAUUGGAAUCAAUAAAAGUUUGAAACUACACUUUGGUGUCAAUCAAGAGAUGAAGUCUCAGGUUUGCAUCUGCUAUUGUUCAAUUUUACUAUCAAGGAAAGUCAGUGUUCAAAGUCUUUGCCAAAAAUCACUAAAUAAUUGUGUCAUACUUAACUGAGCUUAUUAUUUCAAAAUGAGAAUCUAAACUUUUUGAAAAUAUAAAUACAAUAGUCUAUUUGUCAGGCAUCAUCAAAUUUAAUAGAUCAAAGGAAGUUACACCUUUUUUGACUUGAAUUUUUCCCCCAUUUAUUUAUUUUGCAACAAUCUAGAACAGCUCGUUUAUUUUCUUUUUUUCUCUUUAAAUAAAAACUGGCAGUUGUUACUCAACUUCUGCUCUAUUUUAAUCUAAGCCGUGCUUUUUGAUUGUCUUGUAUUUGUCACUAUAGUCGUAUUAAAUUUUUGUAUCUGAAAAUUUUGCUUUGUCAGUCAUCUUUAAAUGGAAAAGUGAGUCAGAGAGCCAUCCUGUCAUUCAGUGAUUCAGGAGGUUGAGGAGUAAUUGCUUUUGCACUUGUUUUCUGAAGAAAAAAAAUUCCUUUUAAAUUCAGUUUUUUUUUUUUGUAUCUUGGUUUUUUUAAAGCAUCAUUUACUAACACAUUCCAUUGCUUUUCUUGGCACUUUUGUUUUUGUUUUUGUAGACAGGAUGACUGUCAUGUGGUAGUCUUUAAUCCUGUCAAAAUGUCUGACCUCGUUCAUGCUACAAAUUUUAAUUUUGAUAAGCUGGAAAACUUUUCAACACAGCAAACUUCAGUGUAUGAGUGCAACACUUUCAGUGCUUUUGAUAUGAUCAGUUCAAAAUUGUGUUUCUCCUUUUAAGUUUUUAGAGCUUACAAAUUUCAAAGGUACAAAUGUUCGAAAUACAUGGAACGAACUUUGUUUGUUCAGCAAGUAUUUCAAAAUUCUUCAGCUCACAAUUUGUCUUUGCUUUGUUCAAAAACUGUAUUUAAUCACACUUUGGCUUCAGGCAAGAAUGUUAUCCACAGCUCUCAACCAAAUUCAGAUGAUCUUGCAUGUAUGUCCAAAAAACUUUUGAAUCAGUGUGCUCUACUUACUGAAUAGGAAGGUAGUUUUACUGAGCGGCUGUUUUUCAUGUUUUUUUUAGAAGAAGCAUUCCCAAAUUUCAAAAACUGGAUUAUAAAAUAAUGACUGAUAGCAAAAUUUUAAUCUUACACUCAAACCUCUCUUAUUUCUUGCAAAAUUGAUCUGGAGAUUUCAAUCGUUUGGUUCAAAAUACAAACUAACUUAUUUGGACAAGUUAAAUUUUCAAUCCUUACAUUUCAAAGUUGUAUCUAAAGAUGAUAUGCUGUUUCGUUUAAACAUAUUCCUGUUAAAUUAUGUCGUAAAACCAUCUUCUCUCCAAGUGAGCUAUAUUUUCCCCAUCAGAAUGAAGUUAAAGUUUGUGCCUGAAACUCCUCGCCAUCAAGCAAUAUUUUGUUCUCUCUCAACAGUUGUGCACCUACGUUUAAUUCAGGCGUAGUAAAUAUGCAUAUUCAGCACUUACCAUUCAAUUUUCAUGCACAAUUUUUCCACAAAAUUUUUGUCCAACGCUCAAAACUAUCAAUUUUUUUUUUAUUUUUUUGUGUCGUUCGUUGUCAAAAUUUAUACUGAUUGUUUUUAAAAUGUUGAAUGUGCGUCAAAUUAGUGCCUCUUUUAUUAAUUCUUCAAAAUUUGUAUUUAUAUUUUAUAUGUACAUAUGUAUUAAAAGUCUUAGGACCAUAUUUCUAUUUUCUUAUUUAUAUACAUGUAAUAAUGUGCUAACUGAAUAAAAUGAAAAUGUUAAAAUUUAA